AUGAUCGACACGUUUGAGGGACUCGGUCUGUCACUCACUGAACUGGGCGCUUUCUCCGAAACAGUCCGUCGACACGAGGAGGGCGCAAAGCGAUACCAUAUCCAAGUUGGGAGGCCGAAGCGUGGGCAUGAAAACUGGGAGAACCCAAGUGCUUCUUUCCUGCCCUCUGACGAUCAAAAUGAGACUGAUAACAAUAACGCGAGUUCAUCAACUUGGGCCACAUUGAUGCACGACAUUGUGCCUGAUCACCUACCGCCGGAACCUCCGCGACAUUGCUGGAUGUUCACGCCCGUGUACGCGACGGAGGUCCUGUCUGACAUGCCUGCUCUACAACUCGUGAAUCGGAAACUGGACAAUGCGCGUCUUGUAGAGUCAUCGCUCCGAAAACUCAUCAAGCACACUGAUUCCGCAACGCCUUUGAAGCCUUGGGUUUCACAGCAAGCGCCUAAACUUACCGAAGACGGCGUGCUGUCGUCGCAGAAAGCCUGCGCGAUGAAUGAUGCUGAUCAGUCCAGCAUGUCUGUCGACGAGCCUAUGACAGUGUCGGAGCUGGAGUCAUCAUCGCGAGAGCCACUUACGACAGAAUCUAUGCGGCAUUGGGGAAACAAGGAACGUCACGAUUCAGCGCGGCAUGCGCUGCCGCGCGCUGUGAACUACAAAGCGGCAUGGUAUGCAUCCUUUACAUCGACAGACAGCAAGCUACCAACAUCCAACCUAUAUACAGCGCGGUUGCGUGGAAAUAUGGACGAGUCAUCGCGGCGACCUCGUCGAUUUGUCGUGCCGUCCUAG